AUGCGUGGGACUUUCGUUCUUUCUCUGCUUUCGGCGCUGGGCGCCUCAGCUUCGCUCCUCAAGUCUAACCUCAAAACUAACGUCGACGUGCUGGCGCUUGACUAUUCUUUCAACCCCGUUAAGGCAUCGUACUGGACUGGAUACCCUCAUCACCGACGUACCCCAUUCGCCGUCUCGCCAGAUGGAGAAUCCGCAUACAUCGCGUACCUUGAUUCUAGUGCGACAGAUGUACACGUCCAGCAAUUGGACCCUGGCACCUUCAAAGCCACCGGAACCACCGUCACCGUUAGCGGCGGAAAGGAAGCCGGCGGUCUCGUCGCCCACAACGAUGGCUUUGCCCUCCUAACCAACGAGAUCAUGCCCUCAGGAACAACCAACGCCCCACCAAGCGACACCCCAGUCCCAGUCCUGUACCGCUACACCAGCGGCAAGCAGACCUUCAAGACCUGGCUGGGUGGACCAGAUGUGCACACCUCAGAUGGAUUUUCGGCGUCCCCGGACCUAAACGGCGACCUGGUCUACUCCGAAACAGCAGGCCUUUACGGCGCCUACUUCGUGGUAACCGACUACUCAGGCGACGCCUCAGGCCACUUCGGCGAUAGCAUCGAAUACGUCUCAACAAACGGAACCCUGGUAACCAUCGCCGGCGCCUCCAGCUCCUGGGGCUGCAGCCACAACACGGGUCUUGCUUUCGAGGCCGCGGACACAGCGCCCUUCGCUAGUAUCUGCGCCGAAGACCAGGGCGCUAUCUGGCUCAAUACCAAGACUCAGGGUAUGAGCACCGACGGCGUCAAGAUCUCGAACGAGAAUACCACCAAUGGUGCCGGUGGUGAGGCUAUGGGCGGUAUGUCUGGUAGUUACAGUGCGCUUGCGCGUUUUGCUGAGACUACGAAGUAUAUCUUUGCUUGGGUGUCGCGUGGCGCGAUGGAUGUUACUGAGAAUGCGUGGAUGGGGAGUGGAUAUACGAAUGUGCAGAACCGGACGAAUGGGCGCAAUGUUGCUAUUUCGUUGUUCUCGGAUAAGUAUACUAAGGUUGGUGACCAGGCUACCUCUGUUGUUGGUACUGAGGAUGGUGAUAGCCAGGUAAAUUGGGUGACGAGUGGAUCGAAUGAUUGCUCGAAUGCGCAUGUUGCUACCUUUGGUAGUGCCAAUGCUCUUGUUUCUUGGGAAGAGAUCUCGAAUCCUACUUGUGAUUUUAUUGCUAUGGGAUGCCGGGGUACUUUUGCUGGUACUUUCUUCCAGCAGGUUGAUUCGACUGGUGCGAAGGUUGGUGAGGCCAUUUCUAGUGAGGAUGUUUAUGUUGCUGGUGAUAUGGUGGCUAUGUCUGAUGGCCGCGUUUGCUGGCCUUAUGUUAGUAUGACUUGGGAUUUGUCGCAGGCUGUUGAUGACUCUUCUUCGUCGGGCACUAAUAAGAUUAGUGUUGCUUGUUUGAGUCUUGGGGUGGUUGAUACUUCUUCUGCUGCCACUACUGCUGCUGCCACUACUGCUGCUGCCACUACUGCUGCUGCCACUACUGCUGCUGCCACUACUGCUGCUGCCACUACUGCUGCUGCUGCCACUACUACUGCUGCUGCCACUACUGCUGCUGCUGCCACUACUGCUGCUGCUGCCACUACUGCUGCUGGUGCCACUACUGCUGCUGCUGCCACUACUGCUGCUGGUGCCACUGCUACUGCCUCCGUUGACGCCUCUUCCAACGUCGCUUCUGGCACCUCCUCUGACGACUCAGCUAGCGCCUCUAUCGAGGUCGCUUCUACUGCGGCUCCUGCUGCCCCAUCUGCUGCUGUUCCUGCCGCCUCCGGUGAUUCAUCUCGUACUUCCUCAGAUGCUUCACCCAAAGUCUCGUCAGUUGCCUCGUCCGAAGCUUCAAACGCCUCUGCUAUCGUUUCUGCUGCCGCUUCCGCUGCUCCUGUUGUCCCCGCCGCCUCUGGCAGCGCCGAUACUGGCUUUGAAGAUGCCGUCCACUCCGCCAUUCCCACUGGAAUUCCUGCAGACAAAUUAUCCGAUGAGGCUGCAUUCUCUGCCUGUGCUGGAGUUCCUAAAGCCCAUCAUGGGAAUCUCGGUCAUCACAUCCAUCACGGCCACCGCAGUCACCACACCAGCUUGCUGCCUGACUUUUAG